UUCAAAGUUUUUUUUACCUAAGUGUGUACAUACUAGUAUUUUGUAAUUAAAGCGAAUAAAAUACUGAAUUGGACAUAUUUAUAUGUUAUUUCAAUUGGGUGGUUGGUGAUUAGCAGUCUUAUAUCUGUGUGUUAAAUUAUAGGUGUAGUCCAACGAUUUAAUACAAUUAUUAAGUACCUUGUAAAUAAAAAGAAUAUAAUAAUAAUACUGGAAUUUUCCUAAAGGUCCAUAAGUUUGCGUAUCAUCAUAUAAACAAUGGAAGUGGCAUUCUCAAAAUCUAAUAUCAAAAAACUUCUUCCAAACCCGGUAUCAGUGGACUUAGCAGAGAGAUAUGUAUUAUCUGAAGAGCAACAUCGCUUCUAUCAAGACAAUGGCUUUCUUGUUAUUAAAGAUCUAAUAGAUUUUGCAUCAUUAUAUAAUUACAAGCGUCGCUUUAUGCAGAUGUGCAAUGGUCUUGUGGAGACAGGCAGCUCAACCAUUGUGCGGGAGCGUGCCCUUGUAGAAAAAGGGCUCAAGGGUGAAGAUGCUAUUAAUAAGAUCUCAGAGGUCCACUACGACGAAGUGUUCAUGACCUACACGGAGCACCCCAAACUGCUUCACGUCCUGUCGCAACUCAUUGGCAAGGAUAUCACCGUCGUCAACAGUAUGAUCAUCAACAAACCGCCAGGAACCGGCAUCCAUCCGCCGCAUCAGGACCUGUUCUACUUCCCAUUCCGUCCAGCAGACAAGAUAAUCGGGGCAUGGACGGCCAUUGAUAAUGUGACCAGAGACAACGGCUGCCUCUUCGUGUUGCCGCGCUCACACAAACGGAACGUCCUUUACCCGCAUGGACAUCUACAGGGCGCCAAUAAACUGUACCAUGGGAUUUUGGAGCAGACUGCUUACGACGAGAGUCAAUUUUCUCAUCUGGAAAUGAGCCCCGGAGAUACCGUGUUCUUCCAUCCUCUUAUAAUUCAUGGCUCUGGGCCUAAUGUUAGCAAGAACUAUCGCAAAUGUGUGACGGCUCACUACGCCAACAGCGAGUGCCAGUACAUAGACGUGAGCGGGACGGUGCAGGAGGGUGUGGCGCGAGAGGUAGAGGCGGAGGCCAAGCGGAGAGGAUUCUCAUUGUCCUUCCAGGGUAGCUUUCGUCUUAGGAACAAGCAUGUCCUAGGAGUACGGUCUAAUCUGUAGAAUACGAUACAUAUCACUGAAUCAACUAUAAUAACAAAUAUUAAUAAAAAAGCAAUCUCUUUUUUUUGGAUAAGCAAUUUAAAGUGUCAUUGUUCUGGUACAUUGUUCACCAAGUGUAGAAUGUUAACGAUUCCUACGAUGCUGUUGUCCAAGGACAUUAAACAACCGAGGGGGGGUAUCAAAUAAUACAAUUAAAGUAAAUUAUAUAAUAUAACUAUUUUAUAUAUUUACAAUUAAGAUAAAAGAUCGUUUCUAAAUAAAUUGGAGCUGAUCUUUUGUGGCUUCAAAUGGGCUCACUUAUAUUUUUUCUUUUAGAGUUCCUUCCACAAGUAGAUAACCGCUUCACAAUGCUGUCUAUAAAUCGGUGAUUGUGUUUUACGGCCGUCUCCAAUAUACUAUUUACAGACAGAGAUAAAUUACUACCUUCUACUGUCAGUAAUUAGCUGUCAAAAAUCUGAAGCUGUCCCAAUAUACCCGAUAAGCCAUUCUUAUCGCCAGUUCACUGUUGCAAUUUCCAAACAAACUUCUAUCCCUGGUAAGAUAUACGUCGUACCAUUGAUAGACAGCGUCUACGGAUAAGAUGAGUUACCGUCGAUAAGAACAUUCAACGAUAGUUGCGAUUUUUUAUCUCAAGUAGGCCGUAACCGGAGAUAGACUGAAUAUUGGGAAUGGCCGUUAGUUGACCCUUUUGAAUAGAGAACAAGAAAUAGUGGCUUAGGAAUGCCAUAAUCGCGCCGUUGAAACCAAUACUUCUAGCACAAUGUUUCAUGACUGAAAAUUUCGUCACUGUGGUUCCCACAAAGAGAAAGUAGAAGUGUAUAGAGGUGCUAUGGAAUAGUACAUUGUUAACCAAGGGUCGAAAGAAUCAAUUUCCGAGGUGUUAAGACGCCCGAGCGUACUAUAGUCCGAGUAGGAAUUGAUUAUUUUACCCGUGUUAAACACUCUACUUUUCAUUUCGAAUAUGAGGAAAAUAAAAGAAGCUGUUUAUCUAAACUAUUUAUUGAUAAUAUAUAAUAAUAUUAGUAGUACCUAUUUAAAAUUAAUUGUCAAAUUAGGGCAAUUUAUGUCGACUUUUUAAAUUUUAAAUGUGAGAUUGAAUCUCACCGCGUAAUUAUCGCGGCUUUUUCCGCUCAACGAUGUUUGAGCUGGCUGUUUAGAAAGUCACAUGGCCGCAGUGUUUUUUUUAAUUAGUUUUGCUUUACAUAAAACUCUUCACAGCGGACAUCAAUUCUAUUUUUAAAAUUCAUUCCGGCCCUUAGGUGGGAAGUUAUUUGUACGAGUUUUUCUUUCUCUAUGGAGGGAAACAGCAUUUUACACCCAAUAAUCAGAUCAAAACAACAUUACUUUCCGAGUAUGAGAAAUGAAAAGGAGAAUUCUUUAUGCCGAAAAAAGACAACUCGUUGUUGAAAAUAAUUGUAAAAUCAUAAUUGGUAGCUGUCUACCAAUCUUGUAAAUAAUGCACACUACAAGGGGCAGUGUUGGCACUGAACAAUUUUAGAUUAAAAAAACGCGUAGUAAAAGUAUUAAUAUUUAUUGCUUAACCUUAGUUAUGUGAUAUAAUGGAACUUACGUUCUAAAGUUAUGGUGUGCAAUAAUAAAAGGAAUAGAUUUUUUUAAUAUAUUAAAAAGUUCUUGGAAUUGCAAUUGAGUUAUUUUAUCAAACGGGAUAAGAUUUGCCUUAAAUCUAUUUUUUUUAUGGAAGUGGAGGAAAAACGAGCGUACGUCACUUGAUGUUAAGUGAUCACCGCCGCCAAUUAAUCGCUACGUUAUUAAUUAUUACCUGAUUGAGAAAGUUGUUGAAGAUUAUUAAUUCUAUGGUGACACGAUGUACUUUUAACGAUAUCGGAAUAAAUGUAAGAAGAAGACAAGACGUGCAGGGCGUUCAGCUGAUGGUAAUUGAUACCCCCUGCCCAUUAAAAAUUAUGUGCGGCACUACAGUUGCGCUCGUCACCUUGAGUAAUAAGAUGUUAAGUCUCAUUUGUCCAGUAUUUUCACUAGCUACUACGGCCAGCUUCCAUAUUACUGCUUCAGGCCGAGAAGGCGCCGUUGUGGUACACAUAAUCUAGCCGGCAUCCUGUGCAAAGGAGCCUCCCACUGGUAAAUGCCUGGCUAAGUCCUCUCUUACGACACCCCUGGGCCUGGGACUUGCCUGUUCUUUUUAUACCCCUCGGAAGCACAGGGCAAUUUGAGCCUUUAUCGAAAGAAGCAAAAUAGAUAUUUAUUGUUAGAGGGGGCAAAGGGGCGCGAAAAGUCUACCUGAUGGAGAGUAAACAAACCAGCCGCAUAUAGACAGGGGCGUGCAAUGGUUUUCUAGCAAGGUAGGCACUGUAGAUCUAAAUAGUCGUAGUUGCGCUUUAGUCCGACAGUAUGACAUGAGUUGUAUGAAUCGCUGCUUGCUUCGUAUAUGCAAUCUGUAGACUGCCUACUGUAGGUAGUAAAUUAACUUUAACUCAAGUGCUAUAUUUAUUUAGGUUCAUAACGAGGUAGGCACUGCCUAAUUGCCUAUAUGAUAGCACGCCACUGCAUAUAGACCAUACUAGACCUCAAGAGAUUCGUUUUCGGCAUUUGAUUAACGUCGUUGAUGUAUUUGUAUGAAUAUUUUGUUGUUUACUGCGGUAUCCCAUGAUUUUCUAAUAAUCGCUUCGGACUGGUAAUGGCGGUAUAGGUAUAUGAUUAUUUUAUUUAAUAUUUGUGAAUAUUUUGGAAAAUAAAUUAAAACAAAAUGACAAUGCAUUGUUUUUUUUAAUGGACGAAACUUGUUUUGAUACCGAUUAAGUA